AUUCACAGAGAUACUAUUUGCUUUUGCCACUUAGUCUUACAAAUGAACGCAUCGCGUGACGGCAAUAUAAAUAGUAAGUAUCAAUAUAUUCUUAUUAUCAACUCCUAUAGUUUACCAAAAAAGAAACAAAGUUGGAAACACAACCAAUCAAAAUUGAAGAAAUAAAAAAGAAAGAGUGAGAAAGAAGUGUGUGAUAAGAGAUGGGAAACACCAUGAUGGGAAGAAGCAAAAAAGCAAAGGUAAUGAAACUAGACGGCGAAACCUUCAAGCUAAAAAUACCAGCUAGAGCAAACGACGUCGUUAAAGACUAUCCCGGUCACGCUCUUCUGGAAUCACAAGCAGUGAAACAUUUUGGGCUACGGGCCAAACCACUUGAACCGUACCAGAUGCUAAAGCCCAAGAAAAUAUAUUUUUUAGUUGAGUUACCGAAACUUCAACCCGAACCACUACCAAGGAGGGUUCGAUCCAGUGGUAUACGUGGCAUGAACGCUAUGGAGAGGCUUGAUUUCUUGAUGCUAUCGAAACGCUCCGUUUCGGACUUAUCCCUCGUGAAGCGGAAUUCGUCCGGUGUUGUUCAUGAUGGGCCUAGUCUUGUUCGUGAUGGGUCCAAAAGGAUUAAAAUGAGGCUUCCUAAGGCCCAAUUGGAUAGAUUGAUGGAGGAGAGUCGUGACGAAACUGAGGUGGCGGAGAAGAUUGUAAGUUUGUAUAUGGGGAAUAAUGAUGCUGUCAACGGGGGUGGUGGUGGAACAACUCAAGCUAAAAUUGAAGUUCAACAUCAAAGGUCACGAAGGAAGCGAGUGAGUUUCAGCCCAGUGGAAGAAGGAGAAAUUUAUGAAGAAGCAGUUCCUCAAUAAUCGCUUGUCAAUGGUAGUCCUAGUUAUUAUUUAGCCAGAAGCAACCUAUAACAGCACCAGCACAACCCUUCAGGGUGGAAGCUUCAGAAGCAAGUUAAUUUUGUCCUUAACUAUGUAGCAUAUUAUUCAUCGACAUGUCUAUGUAUUUUAACAUGUCUAGUGCUCAGAUUUGGUUUGAUGUUUAGGCAUAGCUGACCCAAAAUUGACAUUUUUUCUGGUUAUGGAAAGAACCAAAGAAAUAUCAAUUUGAGUGGACGACUCAAACCUAUGUUUGUAUAACGUUUUGGAGAGAAAAAGAGAGCUAAAAUUUUUAUUUUAAAAUAAA